CUUCUUGCUGCAAAGAAGCCGCAUAUUUUUGUUUAUAUGCACGUCUAUGCUGAAUUUCUGAAGUUUCGCACAAGUGUUGUUAUUACUUGUCGGUUUGUUGAGCUGUUCCUUUAUGGCUGUAUACGAAAAAAUUAUAAACUUUAGAAUGAAGAUGUGAGGCGUAGUAUUCCAGAUAAUACACGAUAAUUGUCUGAAAUUCAGAAGAAAGAAAGAGUCUAAGCGUGUUAGAGCAAAAACAGGGGGGUGGGGGAUUAAAGAAGUCAGGGGAGGAAAGAUGACGGACACGGCGAGGAUAACGCUAAUCCUAGGAGAUAUUCGUUUUCACGUCGACAAGAAAAGAAUUAUUGAGAGAAGUCGCUAUUUCGAGUCGUUAUUUAAUCAUAACUUCAGUGACUCCAAGGAUAAUGAACAAGCGGUCAAUUACAAAGUCGCGCCCUCGGUUUUACAGGAUUUUUGUGAUUGGAUAGAAGAAGAUCCUCCUCGUGUACGUCCCAACGAAUCACAUCAAAUCAAAAUAUCGCUACAGAAAUUCCUUUCUGAUAGCUUUGAUUAUCUCAAGCAAUUACUCGAACUUAGUAUUAUUUAUACAGUUGAAGAUUUGAGUCUUGAGUUAAGUGACAUAAUCAUUCAACAUUGGUUAAAGCCCGAACUCCUUUUGGACAUCUGGAAAUUGUCGCGAGAGUUAAGCCUGUCCACGCUUAUAGACGUAACUUAUUCAGCUUGCCUCGAAAGAUUUAUGGAGAUACCAAUCGAUGAAUUGCUCAUUAUUUCCAGUAUCGAUUUUCUGCAGCUGGUGCGCAAUGUUAACGUUAAAUCUUCUAUAGAUUAUUUAACAUACAUGAUAAAUGAAAGACUGAAAAAAGAGACCUCAUGCGUGGAAGGAGAUAUACAAAUGAAGCUACAACUAAUAAAGCUGGCAGAAACAUUACAUAGUCCAGAGAGAAAACAAUCAUUAAUGCACUGUUUUUUUGCCGAGACCGUCAAGUCGGAAAAUAAUGAGGAUUAUAAUACACGUGUAGUUUAUGCGUAUCAGCAGAAAGUUCCUGCGAAAUUUGGAGAACUUAUUGAAAUUUGGAGAAUGGAGGAGCCUGGUAAAGAUUUGGCUGGAAUGGGAGUUGUUGGACGUGGUUUUAGUAUUUACAAAAUUGGUGGUGAAAUACGAUUGGGAUCUUGCAAAUUCAACAUGAAUGUUUGGCGAUACUGUCUGAUUUCGAAGAAAUGGUAUUAUUUGGCAAGGCUACGAAAGGCACGUAGGCAUAUGGCAGUGGCACUAGUCGAGAAUAAAUUGAUACUUAUCGGUGGUGUUGGCCGAUAUCGUCUCAAGCUCUCUUCCGUCGAAAUUUUGAAUUUAAACACCGGUUUGUGGAUUAAUGCGCCCGACAUCCCAGAGACAUUCACCGAUGUGCCGCCCGCAUGUGUGAUAAACGGGAUCGUUGCCCUCUGUGUAUCCAAUAUCUAUAUGUUCAAUCCUAGUUCAAACUCUUGGAUCAAGGUCGAUCAUCCCUUCGAUUCCAGUGAGUUCUGUGGUGUCAAAUGCUUAGCCUCAUAUAAAAAUACUUUGUACUUAGGUAAAGAGGGCGGCUCGUUCGUAGGCUAUGACGUAACCUGGGAUGCAAAAAAGUCUCAGAGCCAAGGUACAUUGACGAUUCGUGGUGCUCAUAUUAUGCGUUCGGAACAAAAACAGUUCCAGAGUCCUUGCGAAAAGAUUCUGAUAGGAGAGGAAGCACGGGCAAUCGGCAUCGUUUACGCAUUUGAGAGGGUAACAGUCGAAUGCGGAUGGCUUAACGAAGCAACUGGUCGCUUGGAUUCCCGAAUGCACAACUUUACCCUGCCCCUUACUUCCCUCGUGCCCGUUAACUGUUUCAACCUUAUCGAUCCCUCUACGCUUUACAAACAGAUACUGCCAUGAGAAGUUCGUGAAGAAUUCAUAGCUGGAAAGGAUCGAUUAGUAAUGAUGGAAAAUGAUUUUUGAAUUACGGAGAAAAUUUUUUAUGGCCCGAGAUUAUUACAAGCGUUUUAAUAAAGAGUUCUUUUAAAA